AUGAGUCGCCCGAACGUGUUCUUCGACAUCUCGAUUGGUGGAAAACCGGCUGGACGCAUUAUUAUGGAGCUCUACUCCGAUGUGGUCCCAAAAACCGCCGAGAACUUUCGUGCCCUGUGCACCGGAGAGAAGGGAAUCGGCAAACAGGGCAAACCACUUCACUACAAAGGAACGAAAUUCCAUCGUAUCAUUCCUCAAUUCAUGAUUCAAGGCGGAGACUUUACGAGAGGAAAUGGGACAGGUGGAGAGUCGAUUUAUGGGGAAAAGUUCCCUGAUGAGAACUUCAAGGAGACACAUACUGGACCAGGUGUCCUUUCCAUGGCGAACGCUGGUCCCCACACCAAUGGUUCCCAAUUCUUCCUGUGUACCGUCAAAACCGAGUGGCUCGACAACAAACACGUCGUCUUCGGACGUGUCAUCCAGGGAAUGGACGUCGUUCAGAAUAUCGAGACGAAUGGAUCUCAAUCAGGCAAACCUCUCAUGGACUGUACCAUCGUCGAUUGUGGACAACUUUAA